CUAAACAUGUAAUGACGUCACUAGCAAGGGGGCCGUUCGGUUGUUGACCUCUAACCCGAAGCUGUAAAAAAUCAAGUAAUAAUGUCCGAGAAGAAGAAGAUUAAAAAGAAACCAAAGAUGCACCGCGCCUACCAACCCGUGACCCCUGCCAACAACAUAUACCUGAAACAGAGAUGGGAUCAGGAUAUAUUUUUUGUUCACAGACGGAAGGUGGAAGCGGCCAAAGCUGUGAUAGACAACAAGCCGCCUAAAACAUACAUGCACCUGUACAUCAAGCUGAAGAAACUCCAGAUGGAGGGCGAGCGUCUCGCCAUCGUGGAGCGGGACAACCGCAUUCUCCUGGAGAAGAUGGCACACAUCAUGAGGACAGGCGGCAUGGUCGACAACGUCAAGCAAGACUACACGCACAAGAGCUUGAACAAGACGAAACGGCAGCGGGAGUUGUUACGGAUCACAUACGAGAAUAUGGCCAUAUUGAAGAGAAUCAACGCCAAGGAACCGCACUACAAACACAUGAAGUGGGAGGCUGAGCAUCACUGUAACCAGUCCUACAUGAUGAAUAUAUCCAAAUACCCUCAUCACUGGCGGAAGGAACAAGAAUGUUAUCGUCUGCGGAAGCAGCAGCAGGUGGCGGCCAACAGGCGCAUCAAGGACCAGGUGCUGAUCCCUGACAAGGCCCUGCCCAAAGACUCGCUGCCUCCUUUACAGUCUAAGUAGAGUGGUUAGAGCAUGUCGCCGUGUCUUUUUACACAUAAUAUACAGAUUUAUAUACUUGUUUAUCUUUAUAGUCCAAACUGUAUUUAUUCCAUGUAUUUUCUAGUUGUCUGACUGUGGAAAUAUAUUCCAUGGUCGGCAUGUAUUCUGGGUGUGUAAUAAAUGUAACGAGAU